AUGUGCAAGCUACUUCUUCCGUUGCUCUGCCUCGUGGCGUUCGUGCAAGGAGCUCACAUCAAGCGACAGGAGACUGGCUACGAGCAGGAACCGCUCCCACUCGAGGAGAUCGAUGCGAGUAAGGAGCUGGGAGAUAAAGCUGUAGACUACUACGCCUAUCCGAGGUAUCAAUUCGAGUACGGUGUCAAGGACCCGGUGACGGGUGAUCACAAAAGUCAGUGGGAAAUGCGCGAUGGUGACAUCGUGAAGGGAUCGUACACUCUGGACGAACCGGAUGGAACGCAGCGCAUCGUGGAAUAUCGGGCCGAUGAUCGCAACGGGUUCCAGGCGAUCGUCAAGAAGAUCGGCAAACCAAAGCAUCCCGAGCAGGGCAAGAAAACGAAGGUUGAGCAGGGUGGAGAGCAACACGAUCACCAGGCUGUCGGCCAAAGCUACAGCAAGCUGAAGAAGUACAGCUGA